AUGACGCUCGCGUCGCUCGCGCUCGCGAUGGCGGCGGCGGCGAGCGCGACGACGACGAACGCGGCGCGCGCGGCGUCGGACGCCGGCGACUGGAGCUCGCCGGGCUUGGCGUCGAGCGGACCCGCGGCGAAGUACGUGAAAACGCCGAGCGGUUUGGUGUACGAGGACGUCAACGAGGGCAUCGGUGAACCGGCGCGCGCGGGUGACGUGGCGGUUUUUGAAUACGUCAUGCGCCGCGCGAAUGGAUAUUUCAUCUACGGCACCGUCGACUGCGGCAUCGGAUGCGGAAACGGCGACCCGUUCGAGGCAAAGUUAGGCCCGGAUGGGAACUUGAUCGCGGGUUUGGACGAGCUCUUGACGGGCAUGAAACCGGGAGCGAAGCGCAAGGCGCUCAUCAAGGCCGAUUUGGGGUAUAAGGACGAUCCAAAGUUAUCUCGAUUCGCGCCGCGGCCACCCGAGUUUGGCCAACAGCGUCAGAUUAUUCGUCUGAGCGCGAACGACGAACCGAUGGUGUUCGAGGUGAAAUUGGUCAAGACGCGAGCGAACUCGCGAUAG